UUAGUACCUAUAGCUAUGGCUAAAGAUCAAUUACAAGUACUAAAUGCCCUUGAUGUUGCCAAGACACAAUUGUAUCAUUUCACAGCAAUUGUAAUAGCUGGAAUGGGAUUUUUCACUGAUGCAUAUGACCUUUUCUGUAUUUCACUUGUCACGAAAUUGCUCGGUCGAAUUUACUAUCAUCAUGAAGGUGCACCUAAGCCAGGAAUUCUCCCUUCUGGCAUCUCAGCUGCAGUCAAUGGUGUCGCGUUUGUUGGGACCCUCUUGGGCCAGUUGUUUUUCGGGUGGCUAGGUGAUAAAAUGGGAAGGAAGAAAGUAUAUGGAAUGACACUUAUGAUUAUGGUCAUUUGCUCCAUUGCCUCAGGACUUUCUUUUGGUAAAACACCUAAUGGUGUUAUUGCUACAUUAUGUUUUUUUCGAUUUUGGCUUGGUUUUGGUAUUGGUGGCGAUUACCCUUUAUCUGCUACCAUUAUGUCUGAAUACGCGAAUAAAAAGACACGUGGAGCUUUUAUUGCUGCGGUUUUCGCUAUGCAAGGUUUUGGUAUUUUGACUGGUGGAAUUGUUGCACUUGUUGUUGCUGGUGCAUUUAAAAAUGCUUACCCUGCACCAAUUUAUUUAGUGAAUGGUAAAGAUUCAACACCUCCUCAAGCUGAUAUUGUAUGGAGAAUUAUUCUCAUGUUUGGUGCUAUACCGGCUUUGCUUACUUAUUAUUGGCGUAUGAAGAUGCCUGAGACAGCGCGUUACACAGCCUUAGUAGCCAAGAAUGCUACCAAGGCUGCUAAGGAUAUGUCCAAAGUGUUGAAUGUUGAAAUUGAAGCAGAGGAGGAUAAAAUUGACAAGAUUGUUGAAGAAAGAGGGAACAAUUUUGGUUUGUUUACUAAGGAAUUUCUUCGUCGCCAUGGUCUUCAUUUGCUAGGAACAACUAGUACAUGGUUUUUACUAGAUAUUGCUUUCUACAGUCAGAAUCUUUUUCAGAAAGAUAUUUUUAGUAAAAUUGGAUGGAUACCUCAUCCAGAGACGAUGAACGCGUUGGAUGAGGUUUUCAAAAUUGCAAAAGCACAAACUCUUAUUGCACUUUGUAGUACUGUACCUGGUUACUGGUUUACUGUUGCAUUCAUCGAUAAAAUGGGUCGAUUUGCAAUUCAAUUGAUGGGGUUUUUCUUCAUGACAGUUUUCAUGUUCGCGUUAGCCAUACCAUAUAAUCAUUGGACUAAAAAGGAAAACAGAAUUGGUUUUGUGAUCAUGUACUCACUUACCUUUUUCUUCGCGAAUUUUGGUCCAAAUGCUACAACAUUUGUUGUACCCGCGGAGAUUUUUCCAGCUAGGCUAAGAUCAACGUGCCACGGGAUAUCAGCUGCAGCUGGUAAAGCUGGUGCAAUUGUUGGUGCAUUUGGAUUUUUGUAUGCUGCUCAAUCUACUGAUCCAUCAAACGUCGACGCGGGUUAUCCAACUGGUAUAGGUGUGAAAAAUGCACUUAUUGUUUUAGGUUGUGUUAAUUUUCUUGGAAUGUUGUUCACAUUAUUAGUACCUGAAUCUAAAGGAAAAUCAUUGGAGGAAAUGUCAAAGGAAAAUGAAGGAGAAGAGGAAAUAACUAAGGAGGGAAAUGGACAAACAAUUUCAGUUUAAUUUAUAUAAGUGGUAGUAUAUACUAUAUACUAUAUACUAUGAUGUUGUUGUUUUAUUUUUGAACAAAAACUUCAUUAGAUAUAGCAAGAGUUUGAGGCCUUUAAUAAGCUUUAUGUUAUUGUUUUUGUAUCUUAUGAUGAAAUAAUCAUCUACUCUUUUUUGCUUUG